UUUAAUAACCUACUAGAAGAAGAAAAAUAUCAAGAUUUUUGUGUUCUUGCAUCUAUUUUCUUUGAUUUAGUUGAAGAUUGAACUUGCCCAAUACAAAAUUAAUAUUAAUUGAGAUAGACAAACUGAAGACCUUCACCCUACUAUUAAUAAAAAAGACCAGUUUGAUGGUUUUACUUAGGAUACUCCAUAAAAUGCGUACUGUAUCUGUAGUAAUUAAUUAAAAGAAAUGAGCAACUUUGCUGAGUAAUAAGUUGUUGGAAAUCAUCAUCAUUAAUAGUGCUAGAAUGACAAUCUUGUGUAAACUGUAAUCCUAAUGGAGUAACAAGAAAAUUUCGAAGAUGAUUUUUACGAUUAGGCUUAAAUCUAAAGUCCAGAAGGUAUUGCUAUUGAUGUCGAUUACAUUAACGACGAAAUCUAAGAGCCUAAGAACUCUGUGAAGAAAAUCUAAUACAAGAAAAUUUAGAAAUAUUAACAUCAAAACAAUAGAAAUAGACAAGCGUUAUGAAACUCUAUAUGCAUAUUGAUAUAAAAUUACAUCUCUAAGUUCUAAUUUAAAUGCUCUGGCUUUUAAUAUCCUUUUCAGACUUUCUUUAUAUUGUACCAUAUCAUAGAAUAUGUGAAAGCAACCGAACUUAGAAAUCAACACUUGGUUGAUCGGUAAAAUAUUAUAUUU